GCCGCCCCCCGCGGCCCUGCGCGUGGCGCCCUCCCCGUCUCUCCGCCCCUCCCCGUGGCCCCCUCGCGGCCCCCGCCCCCCGAUCCGCGGCGACUCUGCCCCAGGCCUCCCGGCCCGAGAAGCCUCCGCCAGCGGCGCGGCGGCGCACCCGUGGCGGAGCAGCUCCCUGGCGGCCUUUUGGCGCCCUCCGCCGGGCCGGGCCAUGCGCGCCUCCCUCCUCGACGGCUCCGCGGCGGAGCCGCCAGCCCCCGCGCGGGGGGCCGCCCGGGCCGCCGCCGGGGCCGCCGUCGGGGCGGCCGCCCUGGCGCUGCUCCUGGUCGCGCGGGCGGGCGACGGCGGGCCUGCUGGCCGAGGAUCCCCUCGCGGUCUCGGAGCUCGGGCUGGUGCUCUUCUCCUCGAUCUCGCCGGUGCAUCUUUCUGAAGGCAGCGGCGAGCCUGAGGGUGUCGGGCCUCGCGGGCCUCGCGGGCAGGCUCGGGUUCCCCUGCCCAGGCUUCCUGGGCCUUCUGGGCUUUCUGACCCUCUUGGUCGGGCCCGCACUGGUCCUCGUGGGGCCGUUCGUGCACUGCGCGCUGGCGUCCAUCGUGGGCGCCAAGAUGCUCCUCGUCUUCCUCGCCGUCGCCACGUAUACGGGGCAUUGGAAGCCGAUGCGCUCGGCCGAGGACGACACAAGCGCGGUUUUUCACAUGCGGGCCGUCAUGGGCAACCUUUCGAUCAUGGGUGGCUGUGUUGCCAUUGUUGGAUUCGCCCUCCGAGAUCUGCAUUGUACAGGUGUCUUCCAACCCUAUUUUCAGUGGUGGCGGUAUCACUCUUUCUUUGUUGUGGAGUUCGGCCGUGUGGUUUUGGUUCUUACCUUCCUGAAGUCUGCCUUCCAGCUGAGGAUCAGGGGCUUCGUGGGCAUCGCAACACAUUUUGGCUUCCCGUGCGCGCCCAUCAUGGGCUUCGGAGCAUUCGCGAGCAACCUUGUCGGGUCGGCCUGCGUGGUCAUCGGGCCGCUUCUGCCGCGCGCCCUUCUCGCGGCCUCCACUUCGAUUGCGGGUGCACUUCUCCUCAUCGUGUUCUUGGUGGUUGCUACGUACGUGGGACAUUUCAGGGCCCUUGGCGCUGGGACCGGUCAAGAGCAGCGUGAGCAUGUGCUCCUGCUGGCGAAGAAUGUGUCGGUCGUCGGAGCUCUGAUCACUGUCAUCGGCUUCGACCUGGCCGGCCUGUGAGCUGCGGUCGCGCGGCCCGCGUGGUCAGCAUGCCCGCUCUCGCGAGAGACGCUCUUCCAGUGAUCCGCUCUCCUCCCCG